UAAAAUCAGAAAGCAAUCCCACGAAACCAAAUAAAAAAACAAGUCAGCCAGUCUUUUUUAUUUCCGAUUUGAGUUUCGAUUCACACGAAAAGUAUCCAACCCAAAAUUUCAUUCGGUUCAUAAAUCGUUCGUCUAUAAUUAUUUACGCUCAUGAUAAUGAUAAUGAACAGACCUUGUUUCAUUAUACGUCGCCGUUCGUCGAAAUGAAAUGGGUAGAUUGUCGUUAUUAUUAACCACCACCUCCACCUCCACCGCCGCCACCAACACCGCCGCCGCCAUCAACAACAACUUGAAGCUGACGUUUCAAUUACCGGUGAGCGGUGGCUGUCACUUGCGAUCCAAGUUUAUUAUUUUCCUCGCCAAUUCACUUCUUUUUUAGACCAUGAUAAACCCUCUCUUUUUUUAUACAUCACAACCCCGCUUCUGUUUUUUACGCCGUUUCCAUGGACCCCACCUCCCGACCUGCCGUCGUUAUUGAUAAUGGAACUGGGUAUACUAAAAUGGGGUUUGCUGGAAAUGUAGAGCCGUGUUUUAUUUUACCGACUGUAGUAGCUGUAAAUGAAUCUUUUCUAAAUCAAUCGAGAACGACUUCGAAAGCGAAUUGGUUAUCGCAGCAUAAUGCGGGGGUUAUGGCUGAUCUCGAUUUCUUUAUCGGAGAUGAUGCGAUUUCUAAAUCGAGGUCUAGUAAUACUUAUAAUCUUAGCUAUCCGAUUAAACAUGGUCAGGUUGAUAAUUGGGAUGCAAUGGAAAGGUAUUGGCAACAGUGUAUAUUUAAUUAUUUGAGAUGUGAUCCGGAGGAUCAUUACUUUCUUUUGACGGAGAGCCCGCUUACUGCACCUGAAAGUCGCGAAUAUACCGGUGAGAUUAUGUUUGAGACCUUUAAUGUUCCUGGGCUUUAUAUUGCCGUGAAUUCCGUGCUUGCUUUGGCUGCUGGGUACACAACUUCCAAGUGUGAGAUGACAGGGGUUGUGGUGGAUGUUGGAGAUGGGUCUACUCAUGUUGUACCUGUUGCUGAUGGUUAUGUUAUUGGGAGCAGCAUUAAGUCGAUUCCUAUAGCUGGAAAAGAUGUGACUCUCUUUAUUCAGCAGCUCAUGCGGGAAAGAGGAGAGAAUGUACCACCAGAAGAUUCAUUUGAUGUAGCACGAAAAGUGAAGGAAAUGCAUUGCUACACUUGUUCUGACAUUGUUAAGGAGUUCAACAAGCAUGAUAAAGAACCAGCCAAGUACAUUAAGCAUUGGAGAGGUAUUAAACCUAAAACAGGGGCUCCAUACUCCUGUGAUAUCGGCUAUGAACGUUUUCUUGGUCCUGAGGUUUUCUUUAAUCCUGAGAUUUAUAGUAACGAUUUCACCACUCCUUUACCAUCUGUGAUAGACAAGUGCAUUCAGUCUGCACCAAUUGAUACAAGGAGGGCUUUAUAUAAGAAUAUUGUGUUAUCUGGGGGUUCAACCAUGUUCAAGGACUUUGGUAGAAGGUUGCAACGUGAUCUAAAGAAAAUUGUGGAUGCUCGAGUUCUUGCUUCUGAAGCUAGACUAAAUGGCGAGAUAAAAGCACAACCCGUGGAAGUAAAUGUAGUCAGCCAUCCUAUUCAAAGAUAUGCUGUUUGGUUCGGAGGUUCAGUACUUGCAUCAACACCUGAAUUUUUUGCGGCUUGCCAUACAAAAGCAGAAUACGAGGAAUACGGAGCCAGCAUUUGUCGUACAAAUCCUGUUUUCAAGGGAAUGUAUUAGAUCGAAAUUUGGAGAUGAUUGAGCAGGCAUUUUCAGUUAGCACAGCUCAAUGACAAUCAUUUUUGCAUCAAUUCUUCGCGUUCCUUGAGCCAUCUUUACGCGCUCAUCCGUAUUCAUCGGUUGCAAGAGGCUGUGUCGGAUAUGUAAUGUUGACCAAGAGUGGAACAGAGAAGAUGCAUUCCCUGGUAUUGAUUCAUUCAUUGAUUACCUGCAGUCUCUUAAACUCUAUAUGUGCAGAUGAUCAUGUCACUAUUAGGAACUGUGAUUUAGGCAAAACUCAGUUUGAGCUGGUUUUUAGGUUUCAGCUCAGUUAGAUUAUGACUACAUUUUUCUUUAUCUUUCUCUUUGUGGAUAGCACCAAAUAUAUUCAUUCGUUUGUAUAAUUAGUAAAAUUAUAUGGUACCACUAAUUGGAAUUAUAAAUUUUGUUUACUUUUUCA